AUGGAGUCAUCGUCAUCAUCAUCAGCAACAAUGUUAAAAUUGACUACAUCCAAUUACUCCAUUUGGAAGCCAAGAAUGGAGGACAUCCUUUACUGCAAGGAUUUGUAUGAGCCAUUUCAAUUGCUGGGACAAAAACCAGCAGAGAAGUCAGACGAUGCAUGGAGCAUUAUGAAUAGAAAAGCUGUUAGACAAAUCCGACAAUGGGUGGAUCAAAGUGUGUUCCACCAUGUGGCACAAGAGACAUGCAUACACAUUAUGGACAAAAUUGUCGUCCAUGUACAAGCGGAAGACCGCUUAAAAUAA